AUGCGUGCUUCCUUCCUCGCUGUUGCCGUCGCCGCUGUCGCCGUCCAGGCCGCCCCGGCUGUUGAGACGCGUGACGCCGUCGCCGCCAUUCCUGCCGCCUGCACUCCUACCCCGGGUCUCGACACUGCCGCUACCUAUGACAAGUUUUUCGCCUUCCAGAAGACGUACCUGUUCGACAAGAACGUUGCCGAGACGUUCAAGUACUUUGCUGCCGACUUUCAGAGCAAGCAGCGUUUCUCGUCCCUCAACAGAGAUCAGUACUGGGCCAGCAGCGUCGUCCAGGACUGGAACACGACCCCAAGCUACCCCACUGACUCGACCUUCAAGGACGGCACGGCGCACGUCGCCUACGACCUGGGCGAGAAGAGGACCGGUCACGCCGGUGACGACUUUGUCUGGAAGGAUGGCUGCAUUGUUUCGCACCAGCAGACCAGGUCUUGA